GUUGGGCUCCCGCCUGGAUGGGAGGCGGGAGGGAGUCCGGCUCCUGUUGUUUUCCGCGAGCGGGAGUGGGUGGCGGGCGCAGAGGCGGGGUGCGCCCUCCCACCCCGGGCCGGGCGCGCCGGGGCCAGAAUCGCGCCGGGAGCCGAGCGCAGCUCCCGGCCCCGGACUCAGGGCUCAGCCCAAGCAUCCUUCCUGGGGGCUGCGGAAAGCGGAGCUACUCGGUCGUUCCGAGGACUUGGGAGGAGCGCUGAGUACCCCGUGGGCCGGGGCCCUGGGGGGCGCACAUCCACCCAGCCGGCGCCUGCGCUUCCUGAGGGGCCCCUGGCCGGCAUCUGGGGCGAGAUGGCCGCGGGCGUCCGGGCGUCCCAGCCGCAGGUCCUCGUCUGCCUCGGGGUGCUGCUGGCCCGCUGGGUCGCCGCAGGAUUAGAGGCUCUGGUCAUCGGAGAGGUUCACGAGAACUUUACUCUGCACUGUGGCAACAUCUCGGGACCAAGGGGCCUGGUGACCUGGUACCGGAAUGACUCGGAGCCUGUCUUCCUCCUGUCCUCCAAUUCCAGCUUCCGGCCGGCGGAGCCCCGCUUCUCUCUGGCCAAUGCCAGCUCGCUGCGCAUCACGGCGCUGACGCUGCAGGAUGAAGGAAAUUACACCUGCCGGGAGAUCCUGAAUGAGACGUGGUGGUUCCAAGUGUGGCUGCAGGUGGCCCGCGGUCCCUAUGAGGUUGAGGUCAAUAUCUCCAGCACCGGCGUGCUCCCCAAUGGCACCCUCUAUGCGGCCAGAGGCUCCCAGGUGAACUUCAGCUGCAGCAGUAGCUCUCGGCCUCCGCCGAUGGUGGAGUGGUGGUUCCGGGCCCCCGAUUCCAGCCCUGAGCCCUUCGGAAACAACCUGGCGGUCAGCAGCUUCACUCUGCUUCUCAUGUCGCAAAACCUCCAGGGAAACUACACCUGCUUGGCCAGGAACGUGCUCAGCGGGAGACGGCGGGAGGCGACCACUGAGCUCCUGGUCUACUCACCCCCUCCGGCAGCCCCUCAGUGCCGGGCAGAGAUGUCGCAGAGACAGCUCACGCUGCAGCUCACCUGUCGCUGGGACGGGGGGUACCCAGACCCGGACUUCCUAUGGACAGAAGAGCCAGAAGGCGUGGCCGUGGGGACGUCAAGGCUGGGGGUGGAGACGCUGAACCAAUCCCAGCUGUCAGACGGCAAGAAGUUCAAGUGUGUCGGGAGCCACAUAGUGGGGCCGGAGUUGGGAGCCAGCUGCGUGGUACAGAUCAGAAGCCCCUCCCUUGCCUCUGAGCCCAUGAAGACUUGCUUUGUGGGGGGCAAUGUGACGCUCACCUGCCAAGUGUCUGGCGCGUACCCCCCUGCCGAGAUCCUGUGGCUGAGGAACCUCACCCAGCCCGAGGUGGUCAUCCGGCCCAAUGGCCACUAUCUCAUCACCCAGAAUGGCCAGAGCUCCACACUCACCAUCCGCAACUGCUCCCAGAUCCCGGAUGAGGGCUACUACGUCUGUCGGGCCGAGAACCCCGUAGGGGUGCGGGAGGUGGACAUCUGGCUGAGUGUGAAAGAACCUUUGAAUAUCGGUGGGAUUGUAGGCACCAUCGUGAGCCUCCUUCUGCUGGGACUGGCCAUUAUCUCAGGGCUUAUGUUGUAUUACAGCCCUGUGUUCUGCUGGAAAGUAGGAAACACUUUCAGGGGGCAAGACAUGGGUGAUAUCAUGGUUUUGGUGGAUUCAGAGGAAGAGGAGGUAGAGGAGGAAGAUGCGGCCGAAGACGAGGAAGAAGAGGAGGAGGAAGCAGAUGAGAGGGAGGAGUUGCCAAAAGAAAUACACAAGCAUGGCCACAUCCAUCAAGUGACCGCACUGGUGAAUGGGAAUGUAGACUGGACGGGGAAUGGACUCCAGGCUCUGCAAGAUGACAGCAGCGAGGAGCAGAGUGACAUCGUUCAAGAAGAAGAUCGGCCAGUUUGAAGAAGAGAGAAUUGCCCUCCGUUACCCUGUCUUGAAAGCUUUGACUGACUUGCACCCCUGCCUGAGGGCUUAAAAUGGUUUGGGACUCCCAUCAAAAAGGAAAAACACACACACAUAUAUUUCCUUCCCCCCCACCCCCACACUGGUUUGACUUGCUGUGAGUUUUCUCAUUGAUGUUAAAAAGUAUUGGAACGGGCAGUGUGUGGGGGAAAGGUGCAGUCGGCAUCUGAGGUGCCCUUUUUCACUGUGACUUCUGGCUUUAUCCAGCUUGACUGAUGCUGAUCUGGGGGAAGCAGGGGUAGGGGGAAGCCCUUGACCUCAGUGCUCAGGGCUCGCAGUGCACUAUGAAGGGUCUGUGGCCAUCUUGCCCCCAACACACAAGGGAAUAGCAUGGGGCCCCUGCCCAGGUAAGCUGGAGAAUGAGGCGGACGCACCUCCCUGGAAAAGGCAAGGAGGUGUCAGUUACCCAUGCUAGUCAGAGGGAGGCAGUCUGGCUCAGGUUUGGGAGUUGGAAACACCGAGGCCCGAAUCUGAGCCCUGCUUCUUGUUUCACUGGCUUGGGCACGUUGCUUUACUGCUCUCCGGGGACCUCAGUUUCCUCAUCCACAAAAUAGGUGGAAUCAUACCUGCCUUACGGGGUACGGUGGGUCCUGAAUAGGUACUUGUGGGUGUGAAAGCGCCCAGGAGGUGUUCAGCCGACGUUGGUGAUCUGCUCCUUUGCCCUCCCUGGUGGAAGAAACAAUGUCAACUGUAAAUUACAAGCUGCCGCCUUGGCCUCUCCUUCUUUGUCAAAUGGUUUCAGAUGAGAGCUCUCCUGAUGGUAUUUGCUUCCCUGGAGGCAUAAUUCUUUUCAAAAGAGGUAGGGGCCCAUAAGAGGAAGUGCCUUUCAUUAGAACCUCUCAUUUUUCAGGGCUUCAUAUUUAUACAAAAGCCUCUUAGGUGAUACCCUAUUGGUUUUCAGAAUUUCCCAUUCUUCCUUUUCUCCUGUGGCUUUGAAAGAAGGCAGGAGAAAUGUUUUGCAGUGGAGUAUCUGGUGAGAAGCACUCCUUGGGCAGACAAGUUCAUCCGGCCUCGGUUUCUAGAUCUUGUAAAUGGGACUGAGAAAACUUGUUUCCUUCCCACUGCCUAAGGAAGGCGAUCAUGAGGAUACAUUGAUCAACGAUGCGAAGUUUGAACUGAAAAUAACAUAUGAUGGGUUUAAGCUGCUGUUUCCAGAUCCCUGGACAGUUGAGAGAUUUUUGUUUCUCUGAUUUCGUCCAAACCUCUUAAACGUCAGGGACCUAAUAAGGGUGCAAAAGAUGUGUGCUAACCCUGAAAAUCUGACGACUUGAGUUUGCGCUCCUUAAUGUUCAGAUCCUGCCUCAUGGGUAAGACCUGGGGCUUAAUGGAGAACUUCCUUUCUCCAGUAACAGGGACUAGAACUCCUGGAAGAUGAGAAACUGGUUAUUUGUAGGGUUACCCCACAGGUGUCGUUGGCAUAGUUCUAUUUUCUUGGAUGAAAAGACUGCGCAAAAUCACUAGGAGUGAGUCCUGUCCCCAGUUCAGAACCCUGGCGAUCACAAGAGCUGGCUGCAAUUUCUAGCCCUCAGGAAUCGCCAUGGCCUGCUAACGGUCCUUACAUGCUGGGUCUUUCGCUCCACCGUAUUUCAGUACUUAACCACUCCAGCCAGUCUAAGUUAACAUCGUUUCAGAACAGGAGACUGGAGUUACCGCUAAAGUCACUGAACACUGAGCUUGUCUCCCUUUAGAAUCUUCCGUGAUUUCAAUUCCUGAAGAGUCCACUCUGCAGAGGCAACCGUAUUGAAAAAGAGAAAAAGAAAAGAAAAAAAGGAAAAGAAAAAAUCCCUGGGUAGGAACACAGGGAAUGAUUGGCAGGAUCACUGAGCUGCUUUUCCAGAACUUCCCUCUUCUCUUGCACACACGCCUGAUGAUAGAAAAUCUUCAGAGCGGGGUUGUUCCACUAGCAAUAGGGGCUUCAGGCUCUUGUUGUCAAACACUAUAAACGCUAGGUUAGCUGAGCCACGACUUCUGUCACUUAUAUCUGAGCCCUAUCUGCACAUUACUAGAGCUGGGUCAAUUAAGAGCACACGUACUGGGGUUCUUCAAGCUUUAAGCAUUUUUACAGAAUUCGGGCUUGCUUUUCUUUUAAGACGACCCCCAGCCCCAAAACUACAAGCACGUUGACAGUGGGUUACAAAAUCUGUGUGGCAAAGUCCAAGCUGUUAAGUUGCGCUGUUAUACAAUCUUAACUGAACGUAUUGUGAACUCCGUAUCAGAAGCAGGAAGAUAAAUACUAAAGGGCUAUCACAACUGACAUUUCAACAGGGGACACAGGGGAAGGGCUCCCGCAAUCCUGUGGCUUUGAUACUCAUCUGCAUUCUCACAAGCACACACAGGCCCUGUUACUGCAGGAAACCCGUGAUGGAAAACUUCCAGAACCCAUGCACUGAAACCUGGAAAAGCAUCCUUGCCGGGUAAAGUUCAUCAUGAUGCAGUAAGUGCCAACUGGUAGUUCUCACCACGGGCACUGGCCAGGAACUGCUGCAAAGAAAAAUUAGCAGAUCCCUCUGCGUUAUUUACAUUGUAAUAGUUGGUGUCUGUGUUUUGGGGGGAUGGGUAAGAGAAAUUUAUUCUGAGGUUAUAAUGUGGAUUUUUAAAAAAAGAUUAUGGAAUAAAGUUAUUUUUA